AUGGCUUCAAUUGCUUGCUCGCUGCGCGCUGCCCGGCCUGCGGCCAUGCGCCUUGCGCCCCGUGCCGCUCCGAUGGUUCGGCUGUCGAUGCCUGUGAGGAGCUUCACCAGCUCCCGCAUGAGCCUCUCCCGCAAGUACACCAAGGACCAUGAGUGGAUCGACCUCUCGGCCGACCGCAAGACGGGCGUCAUCGGCGUCUCCGAGUACGCCGCCGAGCAGCUGGGCGACGUCGUCUACGUCGAGCUGCCCCCCGCGGGCGAAUGGACCGACCAGGGCGACUCCAUCGGCGCCGUCGAGUCCGUCAAGAGCGCCAGCGACAUCAACGCCCCCGUGCGCUGCAAGGUCACCCACACAAACGCCCUGCUGGAGGAGAAGCCCGCGACCAUCAACCAGGUGCCCGAGGACGACAGCGCUGGCGGCGGCUGGAUUGUCAAGGUCGAGGUCGACGAGGAGGGCGCCAAGCAGUUUGACGAGCUGAUGGACGCUGCUGCGUACAAGGAGUUUACUGCCGAGUAA